GACGGCCGACGCAGUCUGUGCGUAACCAUCGCGUCGGCAGUGUUACGAACGUGACGAUAUUGGAUUAAGUGCCGUCGCCGCCGCCGCCGCCGCCGGUUUGUGUUCGACGCGCGCGCGCAUCAAUAAUAUAAAUUUACGACAUACUACGUGAACGCAGCACGAGAACUCAACCGUCGUCCCAAAGAAUUUCCAAUUCUAAUCAUGGACGGCGAGAUCGCUGCCUCCGCCACCGGCGCGGACGAUGAGAUACCCGCCAAGGUCCCAUUGAACUUAAACGUCGAGGAAACAGCGGGAGGUUGUGGUAGCGACAGCGGUGUGGACGUGACACCGGCUGUGUCAUGUGACUCAAGCCUGGCGUCGGGCUGUUAUGACCCUUGCAAGAGCCCGCUGGGCCCGUUCAGUCCGACCGAAACAGGUGGCCCGUCCUCGUUACCCUGUUACCCGACAGCCAUCAGCUACAGCAGGCCGUCAACGCCGACUUGGCGCAGGUCCGCUGACCGGCAGCCGUGCAAGCUACCGGGAAGCAUGUCGUCGUCGUUCCACUUUGAGACAGCCAGAAACAGCCCACCCAGGGUGGAGCCGCCGAAGAAGACUGACCUGAAUGCGGCAGCCAAACAGUCCAAGGUCUCGACGGUCAAGAAGUUAGUCAGCACGUAUGACAUGGUCAAAUCGCUGGACAAGUUCGCCACGUUACCCAGGCGGAGGAGGAAGUCCAAGGAAAAUCUAGCGGUCACCUCUGCUACGCCGGCUGGUACCGCGGUCGCCCCUACGACGCCCAGGGAACCCAGCCUAAACCGGGCGGCCAGUCUGAGGAGAAAGCACAUUGAACAGGGUGCCCUUGCCCACCUCAACGGUGUUGGAAGUGGUGGUGGUGGUGGUGGUAGUGGUACUAUUGCCGGUACCACAUCGCCGGUGAAACCAGCUCUUCCGAAAUCCACUAGGCCGCCACCGGUUGUCUCCAGGACGAAGAUUUACCACGAGGUGUGUUCGCAGACCUACCUGACUAGCGAAGACAUCACUAAAGUGUUAUCGGGCAGUAUAUUGCCUCCGGUCGAAAACAGGGUUGAAACUAAUGACGCCGAAGUACAGGUCGAUUUAGUGGAGAAAAGGAUCAAUGCACUUGAGACUGAGCUAAAGGAAAAGACUGAACAAUUAGACUGUAGAACAAAAAAAUUCAAUGAACAACAAGAGUGCCUUAAAAAUUUACAAGAACGGCUAAAUCAUGAUGAUUUGGACACAUGUAGACAAAUUGAUGCUUAUAGUCUUCGAAUAUGCAACAUUUUUCAAAUAAAUAAUUGUUUGGAUCCAUCGCCUUCAAAUAUCUUAGAAAUAUUAGAGAAUCAAGUGACUACCACUUCCUCGGUGAUCAAUGAACAGCAAAAAGAACUCAACCACCUUAAAACUCUUUGCACUUCUUUACAUAGAGAUUUAGAAAAGAGCUAUGCAGCUCAAAAGUCACUUUUACAAGCAAAUCAAGCCUCUGAGAUGGAAUCCUCUGAAAUUCAAGACUUUUUGCAAGCUGAGAAGGCUAUGCUUUCAGACACAAUUAAGGAACUAGAAAAAGAAGUCAAGGAUUACAAAGAACAAUUGGCUGUAAAAGGGAAAGAGGCUUCCAAAACUAUGGAUCAAUGUACACAUUUAGUACGUAUAUCUGAACAACGAAGACAAGAGAAUUUGUCACUACAAGCAAAGAUGCGCGUGAUGGAAAAUAAAAGUCGUGAAUUAUUACAACAACAAGAAGCGACUGUGUCAAGUGCUGUUGUGGGUCUGUCUGGAUUAGGCGGUCGUCUCGAUGCACUGUUGGAUAGACUCGUUAAAUCCUAUUCCAUUUCAGAAGUUGAUAUUGAAGAUGAAGUAUAUUUUAAUGAAGCAUAUACAAAUGGAGACAGCAGCAGUGAUUCUGAACAAAUGAAUAGUUCAUCCAAUAAGUCUGACUCCAAAAGCCUUAUGUCUGCUAUUGUGUCUGCUAUUAAAUCAGCACCAACUAACUGGCAUAAAGGGAAAAUCGAUAAAAACUUUACAGCCAGUACAAAAUCCCAAGAAUCUCCAUGUUCUCCUAAGAAACGUCUACAAACGUCCGAAUCUAUGAAAGAAUUACAAAGAACAUAUCAUUCUCCCAUUUGUAAACGAAACGGAUCAACUGGUGACCUAUUAUCACAAACUGAUUCCUUAGACGAUUGUAGUGAUUUACAAUCGGCCGAAAGUGAAUCCUUGAAUAAUCUGUCAGAGGCCAUAGUAGCCAGACAACAAUUGGAGUUGAGCAUGAACAAUACUUCCACUGGAAACUUUGACUUUGAAUUUUUGGAGGACUUCCGAGCACCAGAUGCUGAUCUCUUAGACCAAGUGAUUGACUUGGACAAUACGGUCACCAAGUUGUUGAAAGUCAUCACUCUUGUUCAGACAAAUAGCAAAGAACAACCUCUACAUGCAGAGAGACAUGAAAUCAAAUACACAAAUGGUGUCAAUGGUAAAAGCAGGCAGUAUUCCUCGCAGUCCCCAUUGAUACACGACAGUGAUGAGUCAAGUUAUAAACGGCCACCAAUAGUGCCUAUGCAGGAACUAAACUCAAGCUCACCAAAAGCUUUAAACGGAAUUAUGUGAUGACUAGUUUUAAUUUUUGCACUAUACAUGUGUGUUUUAAUUUUUUUUUCUAUGUAUAAAUAUUACAUUAAUAUUAUUUUAACCAUCUAUUAUUAUAUAAUAGAAGAUUAUAUUUGUUUAAA